ACUGCUGAUGUAUUUUGCAAAACCAAACGAGACAUGCAACUGACAGCAUGCAACAUGCAGUCUGUUAUAACAAGUCCAAACCAAUGUACCGUGGAAAAGUAAACGCCUUUCAACGUAAGAUGAACUUUACGUAAUUACGAAGACAGCGUAGUCACACCCGUUGAAAAGUUGUUCAAGUCGGUUUCUGCUUGCUUCACACUUUCUGAUUCUUUCGGCUAACGUGGGCGGAGUUUAAGUCACUGCCGUCCAAAACAAGAAGCGUGUGUCCACCGAAGGACGGAACAGUUACUGCCAAGCGGGUGUAGAGAGAUAGAGAACCGGUCAGCUGAGAUGAUAUCAUACCGUUAAAGACCUUGAAGAGUUACAUCACAAGAAGGACAUGGAUGCUUCGGAAGAGUCCAUAAGGAUGACCUCUGAGCCCCAGAGCAAGGCAGCUCUGCAGAGUCCCGACGCACAAAUUCAUCUUGAGAAAAGACCAUGUGUGCAGUCAGGUAAUGGUGCGGCGCUGGUGUUGUGUUCUGUAUCGGUGGCAUGCCUGAGUGGGUUGAUGAUGGGAUACGAGAUGAGUCUUAUAUCUGGAACUUUGCUUCAACUCAGGGAAGUUUUGACUCUCUCGUGUCCCCAGCAAGAGCAGGUCGUCGGGUCUCUGCUGCUUGGAGCCUUCCUUUUGUCCUUGGGUGGUGGCACUAUACUGGACCGCUACGGCCGUCGCUUUUCCAUCAUCCUCACGGCAUUGCUGUGUGUCCUAGGCACCCUUCUGAGCGUGUGUGUAGUGUCUUUCUGGGCAUUAGUGACCGGGCGAAUGUUGGUAGGCAUGGCCGUGGCACUUUCGGGCACCGCAUCGUGCCUCUACGCGGCCGAAGUGGCACCCGCCACCUGGCGCGGGAGGUGCGUGUGCGUGUACGAGCUGAUGGUCGUGUUAGGGAUGCUGUUGGGUUUUGGGCUGAGCUGGGCUUUCGCCGGGGUUCCAGACGGGUGGAGAUUUACGUUCAGUGGAGUGCUGCUCCCUGCUCUACUGCAAGCCGGCGUCAUGCCUCUGUUGCCGAGGAGUCCGCGUUUUUUGCUCACUCAGGGACGUGAGAAAGAUGCGCACGCCACUCUUUUGCGUCUUCGCGCGGGCAUCGAAGGAUUGGACGCGGUGGAUGAAGAGCUUCAGGCCAUUCGCGUGGCCCUGGGGGCGGAGCGUCUACACGGCUUUCUGGACCUCUUCCGUUCCCGUGACAACGUGUUGCACAGACUUCUUAUCGGUGCUGCACUGGUUUUCUUGCAGCAGGCUACCGGACAGCCCAACAUUUUGGCGUACGCGUCGGCUGUUCUCAGCAGUGUCGGUUUCCAUGGUAACGAGGCAGCGACUCUCGCUUCCACAGGGUUUGGGGUGGUUAAGGUGGGAGGGACCAUUCCUGCUGUGUUUCUGGUGGACAAAGUGGGACCUAAAGCUUUCCUGUGCGUCGGCGCUGUUGUCAUGACGUUGGCGACGGCAACGCUGGGGGCCGUUACCAUGCAGAGCCGCACUCACGUGUCUAGCCUAUGCAACGGGCCCAUCAGUAACUCAAACCUGACUGUUUUGAGGAUGGGAGAUGAGACUGACAUUCAGACAAACACUCCACAUGGUUUAUACCAGAAUGGACAAUCCCAACAUAAAAGUAAUAAUUUUCUCAUUAGCAUUAAUGACACGAAGGAGAAUUGGAUUUUAAAUCAUACGUAUGAUCAAAGGACAGCAUUACUCAAGCAUGCAAGCUCUCAAGCAGCUCAGCGUUCAGAGGACGACGGUUCGAAAAUUGCACUUCAGUCUGUUUCUCUUAAUGAGGUAUCGCCCUCUCUGAAAUGGAUCUCUCUGGUCAGUCUGCUGGUGUACGUAGCUGGAUUCUCCAUCAGCUUGGGACCAAUGGUACAUGUGGUUUUAAGUGCCAUCUUCCCAACUGGCAUCCGUGGAAAGGCCGUGUCUGUCAUCUCAGCCUUCAACUGGGCCACCAAUUUGCUGAUAUCAAUGACCUUUUUGACCCUGACAGAGCGGAUCGGCCUGCCUAGCGUGAUCUUCUCCUACUCUGCCAUGAGCUUCGUGUUGGUGGUGUUUGUGAUUGCAUUCGUGCCAGAGACGAAAGGGCGAUCGCUGGAACAGAUCUCCAAAGAGCUCGCCAUGAAGAAUCCUUUGAACACCACACUGCUGUGUCAUAGAGGACAGCCGGAGCCUAAAACAGUUCUCACAGGAGGAAAAAGCCCUUGCGAACGUUUGACUUUUCACCUAGAUCCAUAGUGGAGGAGCAAGAACUCUACGAGAGCGAAAGAUUGUUCUUGGUACAGUCGGACAACUUAAAGGACAGCCAAACUCAUGACUGCUGAUCAAGGUAUCUGAGAGGUUGUCAUGGAGAUGUCAUUUAGCUUAACAGUAUACCUUCCCAUGGCAUGAUGGGUCAAUCGAGAUCUCAAUCAAGCAAUUGUAUUGAUUAUUUUUUAAACAUUUUUAAGACACUGAUGCUUUUUACAAUUCACUCCUGUCAUAACUGUUUGGAAAUUGUGCAAAUAUAAUCAUGCCAUGGUAAGUCAAAGCCAAGAUCUGUGGCCUGACAAUUGAUUCAGUAUUUGUGUACCGAGCACUGCCGCAGUCACCUCCUAAAGUUGUCUCUCUCUAGCACAACAUGCAUUAUGUAAUCAGAUUAUACAUCUGAAAUGAACAUAUUACG